UAUAGAUGUCUCUCAGGAGGAAUGGGAAUGCCUGAACCCUGCGCAGAAGAGCUUGUACAAGGAUGUGAUGUUGGAGAACUAUACCAACUUGGUUUCACUUGGUAAAGAUAUCUGAUGAUUCAGAACCUAAAAAUUUAGGAUACUUUUAACAAUUCAGAAUCUGCUUCUUGGAAUUUCUGCUUUCUCCCCUAUGAAUUUUUGAAAUUGCUUUCAAAUAACUCUAUGACCAUCUCUUUGUGUAGAAAUGAGCACAGCUAGAUGGAGGUGCACUUUCAUUUUCCCUGUUCUUGCAAGUUCUUCUGGUCCUUUUGUUGUUGUUGUUGUUUUCCCUCACUCUCUCCCCUCCUUGUCCUAGAGUGCUCUGGCAUCACAGCUCACAGCAACCUCAAACUCUUGGACUUAAGUGAUUCUCUUGCCUCAGCCUCCCAAACCUUUCUUAUACUGUCUUUCUUGAUGGUUAGGGGCAGAACUGAAAUUCUGCAAUGUUAAACCUUUAACAUUGAUGUGAUGGGGAUGCAAACUAAAAUGUGAAGUGGAAAACUGUGCAGAAUGUGGAAUUUUGUGCUCACACACAACAGAAUAGAAAUCCUUUUUACCUCUCUUCCCCAUUCACUCCAGAGGAAGUCAACCCGGGGCUUAGUUAAGAGAGUGUCACAGGGACAAUACCUGGGAUGUGUGGCAUAGAGUGUUAAGGCCAGUUAUAAGUUAGGUCAUCAACUAUAGUUUUUAUUUUUUAUUUUUUUGAUACAAAGUCUCACUUUGUUGCCCUCGGUAGAGUGCUGUGGUGUCACGGCUCAUAGCAACCUCAAACUUUUGGGCUCAAGCGAUUCUCUUGCCUCAGCCUCCUAAGUAGCUGGGAUUACAGGUGCCCACCACAACACCCAGCUAGUUUUAGAGAUGGAGUCUCCCUGUGGCUCAGGCUGGUCUCAAAAGUUGUGAGCUCAGGUAAUCCACCCACUUCAGUCUCCCAAGUGCUAGGAAUACAGAUGUGAGCCACCGUGCCUGGCCCCAGCUAUAGGUUUUAAAAAGGCAAUGAUGUACUCUCUUCUAAACCAUUUGCAUUUGGAAGUUACAUUCUGAGAACUUUAUACAUUUAGCAUUAAAAAAAUUGGGAAUAAUUGUUUCAAAAGCUGCUUUUUUCUCAUAGCAAAAUAAAAAUAGAGGAAGAUUUUAUAAAUUUAAGUAAUAUUUUAUCCCUUAUUUAUUUUGUUUCUUGUGAUCAUGAACUCAUUUGAACUUGAGUAUUUCAUCCCUUCUCCUUUCUUUCCUGUAUAGCCCUUAUCAAGUACCAUUUUGAGCUAUGACUUAUUUUUAUUUUAAUCAAUUCUGAAUCAUUGUAUUUGGGCACUUUCAUUUUUAUCUCAUCUCACUUUCUUUUCUCAUAACCAGGACUUUCUAUUUCUAAGCCAGCUGUAAUCUCUUCACUGGAGGAAGGGAAGGCACCUUGGAUGGUUGUGAGGGAAGAGACAAGAAGAUGGUGCCCAGGUACAUUGAAAACUUCAGGACCUCAAAAUAAUUUCUUGGGUUAUAUUGAGGUUACAUAGAUAAAAGCAGACUUGACAUCAAGAAAUGAGCUCAAGAAGUUAUCUCCAAAAAGGGAUAUUUAUGAAACAGAAUCAUCCGAAUGGGUUAGUAUGGAACCAUUUAAAAGCCUUAGUCCUGAGAGAGCCAUUUUCAGAGACAUUUGGGGAUGCAGAUGUCAUUUUGAGCAACAACAGGGACAACAGGAGGGUUAUUUCAGGCAAUUUAUGAUCAGUCAUGAAAAUAUGCCCAUUUUUAACCAACAUACCUUACUCACUCAAGAACUUUAUCAUAGAGAGAAAAUCUCCGAAUGUAAAAAUUGUGGGAAAAACCUCAAUUACCAUUUAUUCUUUAAUCAUCAUGAAAGAACUGAUUCUAAAGAACUUCCUGAAUGUAAAGAAUGCACAGAAAUUAAUACAACAUUCCUAAUUAAACAGAGAAUUCAAAAUGCUGAUAAAUGCAAUGGAUAUAAGGAACGUUGGAAGGCAUUUAUUCAUUGCUCAAAACUUAAACAACAUCUGAGAAUUCGUAAUGGUGAAAAAUGCUAUGAAUGUAAAGAAUGUGGAAAGGCCUUUAAUUAUGGCUCAGAACUUACUCUGCAUCAAAGGAUUCACACUGGCGAGAAACCUUAUGAAUGUAAGGAGUGUGGGAAGGCCUUUAAACAACGAUCACAACUUACUCAACAUCAGAGACUUCAUACUGGUGAAAAACCCUAUGAAUGUAAGCAAUGUGGAAAAGCUUUUAUUCGUGGCUUUCAACUUACUGAACAUUUGCGACUCCAUAGUGGUGAGAAACCCUAUAAAUGCAAAGAAUGUGGAAAGGCUUUCAGGCAUCGAUCACAUCUUACCAUACAUCAAAGAAUACAUACUGGUGAGAAACCAUAUGAAUGUGGGGAAUGUGGAAAGGCCUUUAGCUAUCACUCAAGCUUCUCUCACCAUCAGAAAAUUCAUUCUGGCCAGAAACCUUAUGAAUGUGAUGAAUGUGGAAAGGCUUUUUGUGAUGGCUUACAAUUUACCCUACAUCAGAGAGUUCAUUCUGGUGAGAAACCCUAUGAGUGUAAGGAAUGUGGAAAGACUUUUAGACAGUGUUCACACCUCAAGAGACACCAGAGAAUUCAUACUGGUGAGAAACCUCAUGAAUGUAUGAUAUGUGGUAAGGCCUUUAGACUUCAUUCACACCUUACUCAGCAUCAGAGAAUUCAUACUGGUGAGAAGCCCUAUGAAUGUAAGGAAUGUGGGAAAGCCUUUAGCUAUCAUUCAAGCUUCUCACAUCAUCAAAGAAUUCAUUCUGGAAAGAAACCUUAUGAAUGUAGAAAGACCUUUAAUCAUGGCUUACAACUUAAUUUACAUCAGACACUUCAUACCAAUGAGAAGCCAGUAAGGUUUUCUCUCCUCCCUCCCCAUCCUAGCCUUGCAUCUUAAAAUUAUUGGGGGGGGGGUGGCACCUGUGGCUCGGUGAGUAGGGCACCAGCCCCAUAUACCGAGGGUAGCGGGUUCAAACCCGGCCCCAGCCAAACUGCAACAAAAAAAUCGCCGGGCUUUGUGGUGGGCGCCUGUAGUCUCAGCUACUUGGGAGGCUGAGGCAAGAGAAUCGCCUAAGCCCAGGAGUUGGAGGUUGCUGAGAGGUGUGUGACGCCACGGCACUCUACCAGCAGUCUACCGAGGGCGACAAAGUGAGACUCUGCCUCUAAAAAAAAAAAAUUAUUGUGGGGGAUAUACAUUGUCUCUGUUUCCUUUGGAGAAAAGGUAAUGAAAUUGUAUUUCAUUAGUAUUGAUUUGUAUCAGUAAUCCUUGAAAAUUAAAUGUUCUAUUUCAAGUGGGAAAAUGGAAAACUAAAGGUUAAACUUUACUCUGACCUUAAUGUUUCUGAGUUACUGUAUUAACCACUGUUGGGAAUGAAUUAUCUGAAAUUAUAUAACAUGUUUUCACUGAAACCAGUGAAGUAUAGCAGGAAUAAAAUGAAAAUAGUC